UGCGUGUCGGCUGUUUCCCCUCUAUUGUUUCCCCUCUAUUCCCUGCCCGUCCAACUGCCUCUUAAACACCUCAGUUAUAUCUGCUUCUACCACCACCGUGGCAACACAUUCCAAGCAUCCACCGCACAAAGCGGUGCCGACUGUCCGGAAUAAGUCUAAGUUUUCCCAGAUGUGAGUCGAUCCUGUCCCUGAGCAUCUUACUCCAUAAUUACUCUACUAUUGAUGUAAGGCUCACCGUCCUAUAAAUUCCUGGAUUAUCCCUAUUUCCCUUCAGAAACAUAGGAACCUCGUCGACUCUUCAGUCCUCUGGGACCUCGCUUGUGGCUAAAGAGGACACAAAGAUCUCUCUCUCUCUCUCUCUCUCUCUCGGGGUGCUGAGAGAGAGAGUUAUCUAUGUCAGUAUCUGCUUCUCUCUCGUAUUUACUCUUUUUUCAGCUCUCCCAGUAUCUCUCACUCUUACCCUCUGUCCUCUCUUUACCCCUCUUCCCUCUCUCUGCCCCCUCUUAACCCCUCUCUUUCUCACCCGCCCUCCCGCACAGAACAUCUCCCACUUCCCCUCCGGACAGAGGAAAGUCCAGCCGCUCCCUCUUCCCUCCCUCCUUCCUUCCACUUCCCCUCCUCUCCUCUCCGCCCUAUAAACCCGCAGCCGCCGACUGUCCCGCAACAAACCCCGGGCGGCAGGGAGAGAGGGAGCCAGCAAACAACUGCAUCUCCUCCUCCUCGAUCGGGAUGGACGCCAAUCUGACCAGUGACAAAUGCCACCCUGAAGUCUUCACGUACCGCUAUUUCGGAGCGCUGCUGGGGAUCGUGGUGACGCUGGUGGGGACAGUGGGCAACGUGAUGACCCUGCUGGCCUUCGCCACCGACCCCCACCUCCGUUCCCGCUUCAACUUCCUCAUCCUCAACUUGACUGUGUCUGACCUGAUAUACUGCGCCUUCCUGCAGCCUUUCACGGUCGAUACCUUUAUCCACUUCACCUGGAGGGGCGGCGCCCUCGCCUGCCGCGUCUUCGGUCUUAUCCUCUUCGUGGCUAACGCCGUUUCCAUCUUCAACCUCAUCCUGAUUGCUGUGGGCCGCUACAUCCUCAUCACGGACUCCCGCCGCUUUGACCGCCUCUCCUCUAAUCGCGUACUCCCCUUCAUCCUGGCCCUGCCCUGGGCCCUGGGGCUGGCUCUCUUCGGCCCCCUCUGGAACAUCUACGUCUUCCUGCCGGCCGUCUGCACCUGCUCCUUCCACCGCUCCCGGGGGAGACCCUACACAACCAUCCUGAUGUUCUUCAUGUUCGGCUUCGGCCUCAGCUGCAUCGGCAUCUUCUACUACCUCAUCUAUCGCAAGGUCCGCAGCGUAUCGCAGGCACUGGAGGAGUACCGGCUGGAGAACCAGGGUCGGCACAAGAUCCAGCACGCCCAACCCCACAGGGCCGCACCCUCCGACAGCGGGCUGGCCGUGGACGAGGAGGACCCCAGCCGCUCCCAAGCCACGGAUGGGACUAGUGUGGCGGCGUGGGAGGGGCCGUCCGAGCCAGGGACGGACUCCCAGCCCGCUGCCCCCACCCCCGACCCUCCCUCCGCCUCUGCUGGCGGUGGAGAAAAAGGAAAGGGGGCGGUCUCGUCCAAGCGGAGUGGGAAUCAGGAGUUCCAGAGGGUAACCCGCAUGUGCUUCGCCAUGUUCCUGGUCUACGUGGCCUGUUACUUCCCCUUCUGUAUCAUUCACGUGGCGGACGGAAAGAAACGGGCCCCCAUCCUCCUGCACAUGAUCGCCGGUAACUGCACCUGGCUGAACAGCUGUCUCAACCCCCUGCUCUACGCGGUGAUGAACCGCCAGUUCCAGACCGCCUACCUCGGGGUGCUGAGGCGUGCUGCCGGCCUGUUCACCCGCUGCUUCUGCCCCGGGAGGUCUUAGUGAGGAGGGGCCAAGCUGCCGAGACAUGGAGUCAUCCAGUCGUAGAGCCACCGCGACAUCAAGUCCAAGGUCAUUCAUUCCUGAAGACAUGGGGUUGUUGAAUCAUUGGGCCAUUGAGUCUGGGAGUCACCAAGGCGUAGAGUGGUGGGGUCCUGGACUCAAAGAGGGGUCAAGUCAUUGAGUCCUAACAUAAGGAUGUCAGAAACAGGAGCAGUGUCGGCCAUCAGCUCAUCCAGUCUGCUCUGCCAUUCAAUAAGAUCAUGACUGAUCUGGUUGUGGACUCAGCGUCACCCGCCCUUUCCCCAUAAUGCUUAAUUCUCCUGUUAUGCAGAAAUCGAUCUAACUGUGUCUUAAAUGUAUUUACUGAAGUAGCCUCGACUGCUUCCCUGGGCAGAAAAUUCCAGAGUCACUACACUCUGGGCAAAGCAAUCUUUCCUUAGCUCCAUCCUAAAUCUACUUCCACAAACUUAUAAGACAUAAAAGUAGAUUUAGGCCACUCAGCCCAUCAAGUCUGCUCUACCAUUCUAUCAUGGCUGCUGUAUUAUCCCCCUCAACCCCAUUCUCCUGCCUUCUCCCCAUAUUUGAUGCCCUUACUAAUCAAGAACCUAUCAACCUCCGCUUUAAAUAUACCCAAUGGCUUGGCCUCCAAAGCUGUCCAUGGCAAUGAAUUCUAUAGAUUCACCACCCUCUGGCUAAAGAAAUUCCUCCUAAUCUCUGCUAUAAAGGGACAUUCUUCUAUUCUGAGAUUGUGUCCUCUGGUCCGAGACUAGUUCUAGUUAUGGUUCCACUUGUCAGUAGAAACAAUUUUUCUCCAUUUCUUAUUUUGUCUAUCCAUUUCAUAAUUUUGUAUGUUUCUAUAAGAUCCCUUCGCAUUCUUCAAAUUCCAGUGUGUAUAGCCCCAGGUGAUGCAAUCUCUCCUGAUAGGGGAACCCCACCACCUCUGGAAUCAAUCUGGUGAGCCUCCUCUGCACCGACCUGGAAUGGUCGCGUCUUGCAGUUACAUCAUUGUCAAAAUAUUGAGCUCCAGACUCACACAGUCCUGGUGUUAGAGAGUCAAGGAAACAGGACCUUCCGCCCAAUUGAUCCAUGCCAACCAAGAUUUCCACCUAUGACAGUCCUAUUUGCUCAAGACACAAGAGAUUCUGCAUAUGCUGCAAACCUUGAGCAACACACACAAAAUGCUGGAGGAACUCAGCAGGUCAGGCAGCAUCUAUGGAGGGAAUAAACAAUGUCUGGGUCACGUCCUGAUAAAGAGUCUCUACCCGAGAAGUCGACAUUCAUUUCUCUCCAUAGAUGCUGCACGACCUGCUGAGUUCCUCCAGCAUUUUGUGUAUGUUACUCCAAUCUGACCACAUUGGGGCCAUAUCCCUCUAACUCUUCCCUAUCCAUGGACCUGACCAAAUGCCUUUUAAAUGUUCUUAAUGUACCUGCCUUAACCACUUCCUCUGGCAGCUCGAUCCAUAUACAGACCACCCUUUCUGUAAAAGACAUGGUCCCUUUUCACCUCUCCACAUAACGUCAGAACACGCAUAUGAAAUAAAAUAU